GUGCUGUGAGAGCGAGGCGUGACACGCUAGCGCUGUCAACAAUCGUCCCACCCACCACAGAGGCUAGCGGGUGAUUUCCGGUCUGCGUGGUUGCCGAGCAGCAGUCGGGAGCGGCCAGUGAGAGCUUUGCGGGUUUUGUUGUUUUGAAAUCGCUGUAGGAUCAUGGCGGCUGGCGAGGUGAGAUUUCUGGCUACUUCCUUAUGGCCCGCCAUUCUUGGCUAGCAACAGAUUCUGUCACUGGUCCAUGCUGCCAUUACUGGGCUACCUGUUACUGGGCUACCUGUUACUGGGAGUGGGACUACCUGUUACUGGACUACCUGUUACUGGGAGUGGGGCUACCUGUUACUGGGAGUGGGACUACCUGUUACUGGACUACCUGUUACUGGGAGUGGGGCUACCUGUUACUGGACUACCUGUUACUGGGAAUGGGGCUACCUGUUACUGGGAGUGGGGCCCACUGGGAGUGGGGCUACCUGUUGGGGGACCUGACUACUCUGUUGGGGACUACCUGUUACUGGGAAUGGGGCUACCUGUUACUGGGAGUGGGGCUACCUGUUACUGGGAGUGGGACUACCUGUUACUGGGAGUGGGGCUACCUGUUACUGGGAGUGGGACUACCUGUUACUGGACUACCUGUUACUGGGAAUGGGACUACCUGUUACUGGGCUACCUGUUACUGGGAGUGGGAAUGGGGCUACCUGUUACUGGGCAUGGGACUACCUGUUACUGGACUACCUGUUACUGGGAAUGGGACUACCUGUUACUGGGCUACCUGUUACUGGGAGUGGGAAUGGGGCUACCUGUUACUGGGCUACCUGUUACUGGGAGUGGGAAUGGGACUACCUGUUACUGGGCUACCUGUUACUGGGAGUGGGAAUGGGGCUACCUGUUACUGGGCAUGGGACUACCUGUUACUGGACUACCUGUUACUGGGAAUGGGACUACCUGUUACUGGGCUACCUGUUACUGGGAGUGGGAAUGGGGCUACCUGUUACUGGGCAUGGGACUACCUGUUACUGGGCAUGGGGCUACCUGUUACUGGGAAUGGGGCUACCGGUUACUGGGCAUGGGGCUACCUGUUACUGGGAAUGGGACUACCGGUUACUGGGCUACCUGUUACAGGGCUACCUGUUACUGGGAAUGGGACUACCGGUUACUGGACUACCUGUUACUGGGAAUGGGACUACCGGUUACUGGACUACCUGUUACUGGGAAUGGGACUACCGGUUACUGGGCUACCUGUUACUGGGAAUGGGACUACCGGUUACUGGGCUACCUGUUACUGGGAAUGGGACUACCGGUUACUGGGCUACCUGUUACUGGAAAUGUGGCUACCUGUUACUGGGCAUGGGGCUACCUUUUACUGGGCUACCUGUUACUGGGAAUGGGGCUACCUGUUACUUGGCAUAGGGUAGCCAUGGUUUCUGGCCAUGUAAGACAUCAGCUCAGUAAUUAAAGUAGGAUUCUUGCAGGCUGUGAACCUUUAUCCUAGGGCAGCCCUUUUCAUACACUGUGUGUCCAGGAAUAUAUGGCUGGGCUGGCAACACUGUCUGAAGAGCUAAACUGCCCAGUAAUGAUAGCUGUCACUCUUAAUAUUGAGACCUGGCUACAAAAAGUAGUCUUCUAAAUUACAAUCCAGAGUCCUGGAAGUCCCUUACUUGUAAUUAAAGUUAGACUAAACUUAUUCAUGUGUUCAGUUAGAUUUAUGUCGCUCACCUUCUGCUUCUAUUACGUGGCAGCUGGUAAUUAUUUUUCACUUAAUAUAGUCUGUUUACCAUGUUCCUGUGAGUGCAUGUGCUCAACACAUUUUUAUAUAAGGAACAUUUCAUGUAGGGUCUGUUCUGCAGGAGUUUGCCUGUUGGUAUCACACAGUGGAGAGAUGGGCGCUGUAUUCAAUAUGAUGGCUGUAUUCAAUGUGUUUAGUUGAACUAUCCAGUCCAAUAAUAAAUUCGGGAAACUAAUUUGUAAAAAAUAUAUAUAUAUAUUGUAUUCCUCAACCACCCCCCCCACGCCCCCCUUUUGUUUAGUUGUUUGUUUGUUUUUUUGGCUAAAUUAAACACAAACUUACAGGAACACUCCAAACACCAUAACUUCUGCAGCUCAAUGUAAUGUUAAUGGUGUCAUUCCAUCGUAAUCUCGUAACUCCCAAGUGUCCCUAUUUGAGGGCAAUGCUUAUUUUGGAUCCAAAUCCUAAUGUCCCUCAUUCUUAGGAGCUCCAUAUUCUUUGUUUCUAAAUUUAGAACAAAACUCCACAGCAAUUAUACUCCAGAUAAUGUUUUUUAAACUGCAAUAAAUGUGUUUAGAAAUCAGUAUGUUUAAGUAAGAUAAAUAGUUCUUGUUCUAAAUUAUAUUUUAGUUGCAUAAAUUAUUAGUAGGUCGGUUAAAACUUCUCAGAACAACCUGUUGAUGUUGGAAUAGAGGUACAUUAACUAUUAUUUACAGGAUUAAACGGAGACUCCCUAACACUCCAGCAUUAUAAAUGUAUUUUUGAUGCUGGAAUAUUCCUUUAACAUAGAUUUCCAAGUCUACAGCCAUAAGUUCUACCUUGUCAUAUACUAAAAAAAUAAAAUAUAUAUUUCUGCCUUGUCUUGAUCCUUGUAAUUCAAAGAGCCAACACUUAUUCUUGAGUUCUUUAGCACUUUAAAAAUGAUCCACAAAACAUUUUUGAGCAGGUAUUGCGUUUACAUUUAGAGAUUGUGUAUAUAGUCUAAGCACUAAAAUGAACACUCUAAGCACCAUAACCACUACGGAGCGCUGUAAUUGUUAUGGUUCUUGGAGUGCUUAAGGUCUCUCCUAUUACAAGAUGUUAAAGAGUUUAACUUUCUUACCUGGUGUCUGCAGGGUACCACUCCUAUUGCUAAAGAGCCAGAAGUUUCUAAGCAAGAUUUCGGUCUCCUUAGUGAAGUCCUGUCAGCCAAUGUGCAGGUCUUUGGUCAGGAGAGCUAACAGAAGUUUCUUUUUAGUAACCUCCAGCUCUCUGACAGUGGUAGGUGAGGCAUCCUGUGGACCCCAAGUAAGGGACUCAAACCAUUCAAAAAUAACUUAACUUCUUACAUGGGAGAGGGCCCUUUUGUCACCAUAACUAGUACAGUGAACUGUAGUAGUUAUGGUGGUUGGGGUGUUCCUUUAAAAGUAAUGAAUAAAAUGGCUGUAAGCAGACCCGCUACAUCACUCAUGUGGGUAUCAGUUCUCUACUCACAUGGUUUAGGUUAGGUUAUACUAUCGUGUUUUGUGGUCACUAAGUGUUCCCUUGAUGAACAACAUUAUUCCUUGCUGAGCCUCUAGUCUCUCUGUCCCAGUCAAUGUCUGGAUGAUUUAAACAAAAAUGAUUACGUUGCACAUGGUUUCCCCUUUAAAUCCAGUCUAUUGAUGUUGGAGUGAAUGGAUUGGCGAGAAUGACAUGUAACCAAUGGUUUGUGUUGCUCGACCCAGAAGAUGGAUGCAGGCUCUCACACCUCUUGUUGGAGUGAGAUAUUCAGCAUGCUUUCUGCAAGAGUUAUUUAGCUUUUAUUAGCCAUCUUGCUGGGAAGUAUUGAAGCGUGUCUUACCAGCUCUAGUAAACAGAAUUUAUAGUUGCCUUUGAGAGAAUCAUUACCUUAGACGGUUACAUCACUUAGUGACGCAGUAUGAGCCCCAGGGUGUUUGGAAUGGAUUCCCAUUAUUUAUGUUGUAGAAUACAUUGCUCUCAUCAUUUUAUUCUAAAACAAAUCUAUGAUGGCGAUUUCAGAAUGCUUUGCUACAGUUAAUGUAAGACUCCAUGCAUCAUAUCUGUCUAUGUAGUUAUAGUCUAUAGCAGAAAUGGCUGCAGUUAAAAUCCCACCCUAUUGUUUGUAUACAUUAAAACGGAAAGCAGGAUGGUUUCAUAGCCUUAUAUGAAAGAGCGUAUGGUGAAUAAAACACAAAAAGAGACAAUUAAAAGAUAAUAGUAGCCACGCUGUUCCUUCUGUACUUUGCAAGAUUAAGAUUUCACUGGGCCCUCAACAGAUUACCAGUCCCUCCCUCUCCCCUCCCCCAUGAUAGAUGUUGUAAAUUAGGUCAAGCAAAUUCAUGUUUCCUAGGGCCCUGUUUAACUUCUAAGUCCUAGGCGGCUGUCUAGGGUUAUCAUCUUGCUCUGUGCAUGACUGGUUCAUUCAUGGAUUUCAUGGAUGAAACUACUGCUAAGUAUUGCUUGAAAUAAUCCACACUGGGAUUUAUAAACCUAUCGAAUCUACAUUUUGCCAUUUAGCCAUCAAUUUUCAUAAAUAUGUGUUGGCUUCUGGAAUGAUGUUCUCGCUGUGGAUAGUUGUAUUUUUCAGAACUAAAAAAAUAUACAGUGUUUAAUCUAGAUACCAGCAGUAUGAACAAUGUUAAUUAGUUUACUUGCUAACAAUAAAACAAUAUCUUGACAGGAUUCAGUGCAAUAAAUCAAGAAAGGUGGGUGGUUGCAAAGCCCACAUAUCCUCCUCCAUUGCUAUAAUCUAGAGCAUCUCAACACCGUGUAAUGUUUGACUUCUUGUUCCCAGGUUAUGGUCAGCGGUAACCGCGACUUUGAAAGCGUGGAGUUAGGAGAUGUACACAAGAAAAAAAUCCCCCGGAGGAUUAUUCACUUUGCCAGCGGUGAAACCAUGGAGGAAUACAGUACAGACGAGGAAGAGGAAUUGCAGGAGAAGAAGGAUCUCUUGCCAGCUGCUGACCCAGUAUGUCCAACGUUUAUUAACCCAUUAUUUCAUAGAUAUGUCUUGCAAAAAUGGUUCCAGCACAUCUACAUUCCAUGCCUUCUGUCGCUCUCUUCCCAGAGUAAUGUACAUGUCCCAUAAAACGUUGCUGUACAAAACCUAUCCCGCUCCAUAUCUCCCACCACCUUUCAGUGGAAGAGUGCAUAGCUUUGUACCCACUGGACACUUUCCAUUCAUUAAUAAAAUCUAUAAAACGAGUGAAUGGAAGCAGUCUGUCAGAUGCUUGUCAUUCCUGUGUGUGGGUGAUUUCAUUUCUGUAUUGUUUUGGUUUUUAUCAAAGGAACCCACGGGUCAGGUUAUGUGUCCUUGCAUUGCUGUACAGUAUUCUCACGUGGGUGGAAAGGGAUUGGCUGAGAGAUACAGAGCCAGCAGAUCCUGAUGGUUUAUUGUAAAUAAGGAAACUGCGUUUUUUAGUUAGUUUGCUCACGUAAUGUUUUAUUCUAUGUAUGCAUUCCAUACAAUCUGUGCUGAUAUGAUUCCACUUGUCACAUGAGGCUUUUGUACCCAUUUUGCUUUCAAAUGUAUCCUGAUCUGUGAAAUUAAAGGACCACUCCAUAUACAAUUGCAUCAACACCUUCAGCUUGCUGUGAAGUAUUUUCUGUGUAUGGAACAUCCUAUUUUAAUAGCGCUUUAAAAGAAAAUGCGGAAUCAACACUUUUUUUUUUUAUAAUUUAAAGAACACCGUCCUGUCCAUCAAGCAAGCGUCUAUGGAGUUUUUUUUUUUUUUUUUUCUUCCUUCCAUUCACUCCAUUGAGCUACUGGAAGUGGCAGGUGUCCUCUGCUAUAACGCACCUUCCUUCUCCCAUGAGUCACUGUGAAUGCGUGCAGUAGAAUGUGGAGUGCAGGGAGAGACCUAAAUGGAGAUGGCAUUAGAAAGGUAUUGAAUAGAAGGGAGAUUUAAAGGGACAUUAUAGGCACUACAAAGUGGUCUGGGUGCAAUGUCCCUGUCCCCUUUAGUCUUGCAUCAAUCAUUGCAGUUUUAGAGAAACUGCAGGACUAAGACGGUCUCUAGUGGCGGUCAAUAAGACCAUUGGGUGAGUAAGUGAAGUGUUUUAGUUUUUUGUUGUUGUUUUUUCAACUCUUUAUGCAUUGCAAGGACCAGAGGUCACUAUAGUGUUUAGGAAUAUAAAGUUGUGUUCCUAACCCGAUAGCAUCCCUUUAAAUGAAGCCGUUUAGUUGUAUAGAUUAUGUCUCUACAGUCUCACUGAUCAAUUCUCUGCCAUUUAGGAGUUAAAUUGACUGCCUUCAGCCAAUCACGGCCUAUUCAGGUAUAAAUCAGUAUGGCUAGCAUUAAGUGUGUAAUCGCUGCCUGCACAGAGCAAUACCUCCAGUAGGGGCAGGGCUAUUGAAAGCCAGGGACCCUUAUUUAGUUUUAAGCUGCUCAAAAAUGAUUUAAGAGUGAAUGGGAAGACCGCACUAUGGGACUCUAGGCACUGUAGCCAAUUCAAAGAGAGGGGUACACAAUAAGGACGUGGAAUGUUCUGCCUGAAGAGGUGGUUUUUCAGUCUAUACAGAUGUUUAAACAGCAAUUGGAUAAAUGUUUGUGUGUUUUUGUUAGGAAAAAAUAAGGGAGUUGUUUAUUAUAUUGCAUUGUUCAAAUUUAAAAAAAACAUGCAUUUAAACUUGUUUCUGUGGAUUUGCUAUAAAGAUUUGCUACAUUGUACUAAGGUGCACUUUAAGCAGAUCAUUAAAGGGUAUUAGUUUUGUGGGUGUGUAACAAUGGAGAGUUGGUUACAAUAGAAACACAAGCUGCAGAUUCAUGCUAAGGAACCUAGAAUACUUCUUGAAUUUCUAAUGCUUACUAAACAUUAGAGAUAAUUGGAAACUAAUGCUAUUGAUGUCCCCAGCUGUGAAUAAAGGGCAUGUAUUGAAAAGCAGUGAUCAGGUUUCAUUGUCCUAUACGAUGUUUAACAGGUUUGACACCUGACUUCAGAGCCUUACAGAACCACAGUGUGUGACUAGCAUGACAUCGCAAACACACAGACUUCAGAUUGAGACACAUCAACCCCGCGCUGGGUCUCUGUUAGCCGGAUUAGCCCCGCGCUGGGUCUCUGUUACCCAGAUUAGCCCCGCGCUGGGCCUCUGUUAGCCGGAUUAGCCCCGCGCUGGGAAUACUUUAGAAUAGAAUUUCUAGGUACACUUACGAUACUAUAACCAUUUGUCCCCAAUUUCAUUCAUGCAAAAACAGCCAAACUGAAAGACUUGUGAAAUGUUAAUUUGCUUAAUAUUUGCCCUGAAUUCCUGACAAUUCACGCUUUACUCCCUAACUGUCAAUGGGUUUUAUAUUUUCUAUGGUUCCCGAUGUAGUAGAAUCCUUUACAAAUGUACAGCUGGAACACCCAACAGGAAACAAGCUGUUUAUUGCAGCCCCAAGCUAUAUAUAGACAAAGAAACCAGUACAAUGAUUUACUGAUAAGAAUAUAGAAAUAUACUAACUGAGUAAUCUUUACAGUUACUGGAAAGGAACCUGGCAAUGCUGGUUUAGGCUGUAGGGGUUAUAGGAAAUACUAUAUAAUGGUAAACCAUUAUUAAUGGAAAAUUGACAUUUCUUUAUUAUUGGUGAAAAUAAGAUAUGUGAUUUAGUCUCAUUGUGAAUUAUUUUAUAUUAAAUACAUUUCAGUUGAUAAUUCUCACUUAUCUGCACUUUUAAAGGUCUGAACUUGUAAUUGUGUGUGCGCCAAGGUUACAUAUGAUGCGCGAUCCAGGCAUCAGAACCAAUUCAACUCAUUAAAGUGGUUAUGGUGUCUAGAGUGUCCCUUUUAAGAGCUGUUGGGAAAAAUCUAUCUUCCUGCAUGAUGCCUAAUAGAAGCCUGUGAUAUUCCACUGCCCAUGAGGAUCUUUGGCGGGUCUAGUAGGACCUCCUGUAGACUCCUGUUUUGUAAUCUAACCCUUGCAAGAGAAUGUUAAAAUGGUGCAGAUUCCAGCAACCUCAUCUGAGAAGAGUUUGUUUGGAAGAUAGUGCACAAAGCGUAACACUACAGCCUUAGGUAUGCAAAUCCCUAUCCCUUGUUAUAUAUAGGUGUCUACAUCCCCACCCUCUAUAAAAUAAAAGUUUCACUCACCUUUUUCCUGAGCCAAGGAAGCCACUCACCAAUCCAGUACUCCUCAUAGACUAAUAUUGGGGCACUGAUGCGCAUGCGUGUCGAUUCCUGUGCAUGCAUCCAGUGCUUCUCGUUGAAAAGCAUUGAAUCCAAUGCUUUCCUAGGAGCUCCUGCUUUAGGUGACAGUUUUACUCGAUCAGUGUAGCCCAAGCGCUAGUUGCUGCAUUGUGGGCUCAACGUGUACCUCUGUUGCAGUUCAGCUGUCAACGUUCUACAGAAGGAACACAGCUGGUCUGCAACUUCCAGAGACUUUUGAUGUGCGGCCUCUCUGCAUAUUAGAGCAAUAAGAGAUAACAACAUCACAGGUAGAAGUGAUUUUAUAUUACAGCUGUAUUAUUAGAACAAUAAAAGUAAAACUGCACAUCGGGAAGGAUGAUCAGACAAUGAGAAAGAAAUAACAGACUAAACCUAUAUACACUGUACCAGACAUGUCCCUUUUUAAAUAAACCUCAUUGAAAUCUAAACUGAACUUCUUGUUACAGACGAAGCUGACCUGGGGCCCAUACCUCUGGUUCUACAUGCUACGAGUGGCCACUUCGACACUUUCAGGUAUUUCUUUCUUUGAUUUCUAAUUUAAACAUAAGUAAUUUACAUAAAACUGCAAAUUGGGGAAAUUAAACAAAUGUAGAAUGUAGCUCUAAAUAUUUUGCACAUUUGAAUUUUUAUCCUGAUUUGUAUAUAUUAAACACUAUUUAAAACCAAGUUUUUCCAAUCAAUAGACUGGUAGAGAUCUGCUUUCCGGAUAUCUCCAAAUAUAUUGGCUAAUGAGCAGUAUCAACAAAUCUAUGUCUUGCUCCAAGGCUCAUAUGGUAACAGUAAUGGACCUGGGCUAUUCAAACGUUUAAAAUGUAUAGAGCACCAAUAAUAUACAAAUAGGAGAAAAACUAAAUUUGAUAACAAACACAUUCAGAUAGUCCUAUUUCAAGAUUGUAUGAUGCGCUAUAUAAAAAAAAUAUUGACCUAGUCUUAUCAAUUCUUAUGAUCAGGUGAUGUUUUUCUGAUUAUUUUCUAGCAUUUAAAAUAUGGGAAUACACUGAUCAGCCACAACAUUAAACCACCUGCCUAAUAUCAUGUAAAUCCCCCUCGUGUCCUGUGCUAUCUGGCACCAAGACAUUAGCAGCAGAUAAUUUAAGUCCUGCGAGUUGCGGGGUGGGGCCUUCAUGGAUCGAAUUUGUUCCAGCAAAUGCCACCGAUGCUCAAUCUGAUUGAGAUCAGGGAAAUUUGGAGGCCAGGUGUUGCACCUUGAACUCUUUGUUGUGUUCCUCAAACAUUCCUGAACAAUUGUUUCCGUGUGGAAUGGUUCAUGAUCCUGCUGAAAGAGGUCAGUGCUAUCAGAGAACACCAUUCCCAUGAAGGGGUGUACGUGGUCAGCAACAACUUAUAGGUAGGUGGUACGUGUCAAAGUAACAUCCACAUAAAUGCAAGGACUAAAGGUUUCCCAGGAGAACAUUGCCCACACUGUGUCCACUAGACUGCCUUCUUCCCAUACUGCAUCCUGCUUCCAUCUCUUCCCCACGUAAAGACACACAUGCACCUGGCCAUCCACCUGAUCUAAUAAAAAAUAAAAAAAUAACCUGAUUCAUUAGACCAGUCAACCUUCUUCCAUUUCUCCAUGGUCCAGUUCUGAAGCUCAUGUCCCCAUUGAAGGUGCUUUUGACAGUUGACAGGAGUCACGAUUGGCACUCUGGUCUACGGUUAGUCAGCCCCAUAUGCAGCAAACUACAAUGCACUGACACCUUUCUAUGAUGGCCAACAUUACAUUUCUCAGCAAGUUCAGCUACAGUAGCUCUUCUUAGUGAUCGGACUAGAUGGAUAGUAUUCACUCCCCACUUGCAUCAAUGAGCCUUGAGCACCCAUAACCAUUACGCCGGUUCACUGGUUGUCCUUUCUUAACCCACUUUUGGUAGGUACUAACCACUGCACACCGGGAACACUCCACAAGACUUGCCAUUUUGGAAAUGUUUUGAUGCACUAUUUGGCCCUUGUCAAAGUCACUUAUAUCUUUUUUGUUUGCACAUUUUUUCCUCUGCCAACAUAUUAAAUUCAAGAACUGAGUGUUCACUUGCAGCCUAAUAUAUCCCACCCCUUGACAGGUGUCAUUUUAACGAUAAAAUCAAUGUUAUUCACUUCACCCUGUGUUGUGGCUGAUCAGUGUAUAGGAUGCGUGAAAUACGUUCUUUUAAAAAGAUGGGUUAUAUUUCCCAGAUACUUGUAUGUAAGCAUCUUGUGGAAUACAAAUAUUGGGCUUGGCCUUUAAGUAAUAAUUACCUGUCUUUUCAGUUUGUGACUUUUUAGGUGAGAAGGUAGCGUCAGUUCUGGGCGUUAGUACACCCAAAUACCAGUAUGCCAUUGAUGAAUAUUACCGGAUGCAAAAAGAGGUUAGUGAUCUUUGCUAUAAUGACUGUCUUGUUCGUGGGCCUUUUUUUGUGUUCAAACAAUAAGCAUUUGUCAUUUGGAGCACUAUAAAUUUGUACAUGUUUAUGUUAUUCUGAAAACCUUUUCUCUGAUAGGUCCAUGAACUAAUUUUCCUACAAAUUUCCUCUGUUUACAUUGCUUUAGCUACAACUGAGGAUUCUGGAUCUGAAUGUCCAAGUGAGGCUUACAAUGGCUUUAAAUCCUGUACCCAUUUGAUACGAGCCAUUUGUGUGCUGUUUUAAAAUGGCUGUUUAAAUAAAUCCUAUGUUAGAGGGUGUAUUUCUGGAGAAUACGUUCCUGUACAAACUGUUAGUUUCUUAUUGGGAAUUUUUGGCCUGUGGUUGGUUCAGAGCGAUGAGUUCAUACCUUUCCCAAAACACUUACCUGUAAACCCUCCAAAAACACACAGCAAGGAUUGCAUUCAGCCUUCUACAGCUCUGAGUCCGGGUAUUCACGGCACACUUUUGAAGUGGCUUGAGGCACAUGCUGUGUACAACAGCACAGUAGUUGAAACCCAAUACUGUUGUGUAUAAUUUGUGUUAAACUGAACUUUUUUUUACAAAAGUGGUCUGAGUAUAUUAUUAUUUCCUGUUCUAUCGAUGGCUGUUGCAAAAACUUCUAUUCUGGUGUUCUUUUAGAUGUAUCAUAUAUGGACCAUAGUAUAGGAACACCUGACAUGUACACCAACAGGGUCUUUUAUGAACUCGCAUUCUAAAUACAUUGAUAUGUAGUUGGUCCCCCCUUUCCAGCUAGAACGGCUUCCACUCUACUGUGAAGGCAUUCCCACAAGCGUUUUCGGCUGGAGUUUUUGCCCAUUAAUCCAAUAGAGCAUUUGUGUGGUCAGCUGAGAAUAUCUUGCUCUAAAUCUUUGUUCCAGUUCAUCCCAAAGGUCGUCGAUGGGUUUGAGGCACUGUACUUGGUGAUAUAAGGCUGCUCGAACAUAAAAACCCAUUCCAAUUGUGCUGAUAUUAAGGCCAGUGAAAGUUUGGAGCUUUUCUGCUAUGGUAUCACCAAUGUGUUGGCGACUUUUAUGCACCAUGUGCCUCUGUGACCCUUUACGUGGUCUUUCACUCAUGGCUGAGUUGCUGCUGUUCCUAAACGCUUCUACUUUCCAAUAAUACCCCUUACAAUUGACCGUGGAAUAUGUAGCAGGGAUGACAUUUCACAAAAUGACUUAUUGCAAAGCUGGCAGCCUAUCACAGUACCACGCUUGAAUUCACUGAGCUCUUCAGAACAACCAAUUCGUUUUCACAAAUCUUUGUAAAUUCAGACUGCAUGGCUCAGUGCUUGAUUUUAUACACCUGUGGGUGGGUCGGAUUUGAAACCCCUGAAUUCAAUAAUCAAGCGUUGUGUCCCAAUACUUUUGUCCAUAUAGUGUAGCUAUAUGCAAUUCUUUUAUUUAAACAAUGAAGUAAUUUAUUUUAUCCAAGAGCCAUUUCUAAGUGAUUGAUUGUGAUCUGUAUAUGCAGGUGGAAGAGGAGGAGGUAGAGAAUGAAAUGUCUGAAAAGGCCGAGCAGCAGUUCCAGGAGCAGCGAAUUCAUAAGCAAGACGACGGUGAUGCUCAGACGCAGCAGCCAGAGGCAUCCAGCUCGUUUGUAAACAUUAGUUUUGUGAUGGAAGGAGAGGACGCGGUUAGUACAUCAAAGAAACAGGAACUGGCAGCUGUCCCUACCUAGGAAACCUUGCAUUAAACGCUGAGAUUGAAUAAAAUACCGCUCCUGCCAAAUUUAGUAUGGUGCCUUCCUAAACGACAAGCACACCUGAUGUAAAGGUGCUGUCCAGAAUGAUAAAUCUGAAUAUAACAGAACCAACUGGGUUCUAGAACUCUUAAAUGGCGAUAUAACUCGCGAUCCCCUUGUAUAGCACUUGUUAUUGUCACCUGCUUCGAGUUCUGAAAACAUGUCUCUUGGUUAUAGUGCCUUGAGCCUCCUGGUGCCAAACUUUCAUUCAGUGUAACACCAUUUUUUAACGUUUAAUACUAAACGAGGGUCCCUGGCCCCUGCUGGAAAUUGCACACUUCCUUUUAGCCAUACCACCAAUUAGCACUACGUCAGGCUGGGAGCAGUCAGCUAAAACUGUCAGCCAAUCACCUUAGCCCAUUGCUCCGCAGACUUUGGGUCCCUAGAGCCUGUCGUUUAGUAAUAAACAAUUCAAAAAGGUUUUAGCACUGAAUACAAGGUCUGUGCCAGUGGGCUCAAGAAACUAUAACCACUUUGAUGAGAUGAAGCAAUUCUAGUGCCUAGACUGCCCCGUUAUUUUGGUUAAAACAGGUUGUUUGUUUUUCUUUGUGUAUGUGUAAACAAUAUUAAUAUACCAACCAACUGUUGAAAUAUGGAACAAUAAGAAUUUAUCAUAAGCAAGAAAUAUUCAAACUUUUAGCAGUUCCAGAAAUGACACAGAUGUUUUGGGUUUUUUUCUGUAUAUACCAUAUGACACUAUUAAAUUAUUACAUUCUAAAGAAUGAGGCUAUUCGUUCUGGUCUUAAUUGGGAUAGAAACUGCAUACAUGGCCUUGUUCUGUAUUUCCUGCUUUUUCUUCUGACUGUUCAUAAAAAAUUAGAUUGUUUGUUUUUAACACCAG